AGCCGUAUUUGGAGGCAAACCGCAUGCGGAACUGGCCUUUAUAUAGGGUUUUCCGUGACACUAUAUCUCCGCCUAUCUCCUCUCCACACUGCAACAUUUAAAGAUUAAUAGAAGGAGAAGGAACUUUUAAAACACAGAGAGACAUGGAUAGAAGAUACUCUUUCUUUUUGGUGGCCCUUGCCCUAGUUUUCAUUUCCAUGGAAGCUAGCAAUGCGCAAGGUAGCAACAGCAAGAAGGCACCCUAUGAUGCUGCUUCAACUCAUUAUACUGUUUUGGCACCCACCAGUACUGGACAAGAAAGAGUUUACUGCCUAGCAAGAGGAGCUUGUAAUGGAAAGGUACUCACAUGUCCGAGUCAAUGCGCUCAAAGGAAGCCCAAAAAGAAUAAGAAGGUCAAAGGAUGCUUCUUUGACUGCAGUAGCAAAUGUGAAGUCACCUGCAAAUGGAGAAAGCCAAACUGUAACGGAUAUGGGUCUCUAUGCUAUGAUCCAAGGUUUGUUGGUGGUGAUGGAGUUAUGUUUUACUUCCAUGGAGCCAAGGAUGGAAAUUUCGCCAUUGUAUCAGAUGAGAACCUCCAAAUCAAUGCACACUUCAUCGGGACACGACCCCAAGGACGUACACGAGACUACACAUGGGUGCAAGCCUUGGCGGUCAUGUUCGAUACUCACACUCUCGUCCUCGCGGCAAAGAGAGUUUCUCAAUGGGACAACAGCUUCGACGCUCUCAUUGUAAGAUGGGACGGCGAUGUCGUAAACAUCCCGACAGACGGAGAAGCCGAGUGGAGGACUAAUUCGGAAGAAAGGGAAGUGAUAGUUGAAAGAACUGAGGAAACCAACGGUGUUAAGGUCACAGUUGCAGGGCUGGUGGAGUUGAAUGUAAAAGUUAGAGCCAUCGGGGAACAUGAAAACAAGGUUCACAAUUACCAGUUGCCUGCUGAUGACGCCUUUGCACAUUUGGAGACACAAUUCAAGUUCACUGGACUAACCAAUCUAGUGGAAGGGGUGUUGGGACAGACUUACCGGCCGGACUACGUUAGCCCCGUGAAACGAGGUGUGGCGAUGCCGAUGAUGGGUGGGGAAGACAAAUACCAAACGCCAUCCUUAUAUUCGCCUCUCUGCAAUCAUUGCAGGUUUAAAGGAAAAGCCGGUUUAAGUUCCAUCUAAGGACUGAUUAAAAGUGAAUAACAUACAUGUAAUGUAUGUCUUUUGACUCUUUGUUUUGUGAUUAGAUUUGUAAUGCUAAUAAGGGCCAGAUUUUUGCCCAUCACAUAUCAUUACUUUAAACAAGAUGUAUACAACAUAUAUCGAUGUAAACUUACUCAGUUUGGGCUGUUAAGUAAUAAAUUGUUGAUUUUUUUUAGUAAUAAAA